AUGUCCGUCAUUAAGGUGCAGAAGAGGAUGAAGAAGAGGAACUGGAGUGAGAUCUCAAUUCUCCUCUUCCCAAAUUCUUCUUUUUCCUUCCUCAAAUUCUCGAAUUCCCUUCCUCUUCUCCACGCCCUCGCUCAGAGCUCCCAACAACUGUCGUCGGUGGCCAGAGAACCCAGCGGCGGCUCGGCGAAUCGGCGAUGUGCGGAAGCCGCUAGGCUCGGCUUACGCGUGGUGCCGUGGCGGAUUGACUUGACGAGAACCGUCGGUGGUCGAACCUUGUCGUGGCUGGCCGUAGGGGAAAUCAAACAGAUCCGGAUAGCCGGUGGCUCGCACCCGGUGGCACCGGAGGCGGAUGACGCUGGCGAUAGGCUGCUCGAUCGUGAAGGUGAUGCACGGAUAGAACUUGGUCGGAAAUUCGACUCCUCUCGGUGGCGCACGAGUAAAUCUCGGAGGUUCUUGCUCAUGGUGGUCAUCGGAAAGGAGGGUUGCUGUUCGUGA